UGUUUGGCCACUCCUGUUGUUAUUAGCUGAGGAACCGAAAUAGAAUAUUGUAAUAUACAACAUUAUUUUGUUGAACUUUACUCGGUACAAAUCGGUCGAAAUAGGUCGCGUGCUGGAACCUGUUCACAACAUCCAAUCUACUACAUUAUGACAAGCGAAGCAAAUUGGAUCCCGUUUUCUGUGGCAUUUAUUUGGAUUUUAUUUGCAUUCGGAAAAGGCAAGUAAAUAAUCUUAAUAGAAUUAUCAGUUUUGUUUGCUAACUGGAUUUCAUGUUACACGAUGCAUUGUACAAAGUCACUCCAAUAAAGCAAAUAUUUGAGGAUGUCGAAGACACAUGUGAUAGAUAAGAGAAAUAUUUUUACUUGGCUAAACGUGUCAACGAAAGCGUGGAGUGUUUAUGUUGAUCUUGAUUUCAUAUCGUCUCACGGAUUUUUUGAUGAGUCGAGUCUUUUUCGUUCAAGAUCUUAAGGAAGCUUCAUGAUCAAUCUUCUAAACCACCAUGCGCCAAUGCAUUAUAUGAGUGGUGUUACAUAAUUUUUCGAAGCACAACAAUGCCGUGUCUUCAGAAUAAUUAUCGGGAUGUGGCAUUAUUACCUGACUUCGACGACAUAUUUUGUCGCGUGGUCUGGCACGAUAAAGAUGGAGUCCCUGUUUGUCGCUCUCUGAUUGUUCUCAGGGCCUCGCUAGCGUCGUUGGCGUUGAAGGUAAAAUUUCUGCUCUAAAGGUAACGCACUUGGCGACUUGAGUAACCCCUAACGAAUGUCACUUUUUAGUUCUUCAAUUGGAGUUAUUCUAUUAUCAUUGAUGCAUUAAAAAAAUAUUGAUUAGCCCUUUUUCGAAGCUAUAUUUUUUAUUCACUUUUAUGAAGACUGUAGCCCAAGACGAGGCGUUAAAUACCAUGCGUCGAGGACCGUCGAGGAAUUAGAAAAUUCUUUUUAAGAUGCAUCAGUGAGCUUUAACCUCCUUCUUCUUAUGUUUAUGUAAAGACGGGAGGAGUCCCACUUUCCGGUGGCGGGCCAUAACAGGGCCUAUUGCUUAACUGGAAGCCCGUCAUUACAAACCCGGGAAACCGCUAAGACGUUUCGGCGGAUGUAUUAUAGUUAAGAGUGGAAUGGAAAGCCGGCAGCCCUUCAGACGUCUUUGUUGUAUGUUUUUGUGGGCCUGGUAGUGCACAACGUUUAAAAUAGCAUUCCUAUCAUUUUGAUCAUAUUGACCAAUAUAUAUAAUUACGGAAGUUUAUACAGUAACACGUCGCUUUUUUUCUUCAGACCUCAUCGGGGCCACACCUGGGUACACUGACGGCUGAAACGUGAUGUUCUUUUUUACAGGUUCAAUGCUAAGUACGUUCAACACGCAAGAGGGAUGCAAUGCAACACUACUUUGUAAUCAAUCCGGCAAUGUCACUUGGUUAAAUUCUAUCGGACAGAAGAUUGAAGGUAAACACAAAACCAGUUAAAAUAUAGCUCUUCUCCAGCGAGGAAUAGAACCACGGUACAGUCAAACAUCGUUGUUACGGAGGGCAUUGAAAGUGUUCGUAUUAACGGGGGUUAAAUUUAUAGAAAGUAAGAAAUUGACAUUUUAACUGCAAAGGACCGUAAACGAAUACAGUCAACUCUCUCUAAGACGGACGACUUUGGGACCGGCACUAAGUGUCCGUCUUGGAGAGGUGUCCGUCUUAUAGAGAGUCAAAUAAAAGGAGUAAAGAAAGGUAGGGACCAACUCUAAGUGUCCGUUUUACAGAGGUGUCCGUUAAGAGAGAGUCGACUGUAUACCGCAAAACGUAGGAUCUAUAAAAAACCUGACCAGCAAAAAUAUACACUGAGUAGACACACUGAAUUCUGCAAAGGUGAUCGUACUACACGGAAAAUUAACUUUGCAAGACAUCAACACGACACCGAAAGAACCAAAAACAGAGCGGGGUCGUAGCAGUAGAAAGUAAGGGCUUUCUUUCCCCAGAGACAAAGAGAACUGUCCGUAAUAGCGAGGUAGCCGUAUUAAGCGGGUGUCUUUAGAGCGGAGUUUGACUGUAUUCUGCUUCACCAGAAUCACAGCCAUAAAAUGCGCCUGUUAGUCCUUUUAGGACUUUCUACCAAAAAAAAAGACAUUUUUGCGGGGUAACCUUUUAUAUACCUCAACUAGUAAAUUCCCUACUAUUUUAUAUUCCCUGACGCCUGAAAAAGUAACCCUUAUAUAGGCCAUAAGGGACCUUACGAUCGCACAAAGGCGACGUCCAUGAAAACAUCGCUGAAAAAUAGACUUCGCAUCCUUACCCCUUAUUGGGAUUUUUUUGGUUUUCUUUUUUGCAGAUCCUAGGUUCACAACAUUGGCAUUUGGUUACUUUUCAACUUUGCUGAUCUCUGUUGUUUCGAAGAACGAUGAAGGAAGUAUCACUUGUAUUGGCCAGGAACGUAACAUAACCAUAAACCUUGGAGGUGGGUUUAGAAAGGAUUACAUAUCAUUUAGUAGAGUAACAGAGAUCUAGGUAACUGUGAAAGACGCU